GGCGGAUGGCGGCGGGGUUGAGACAUGUUGCGGUGGCUGGUAGCGGUGCUCAGUCACUCCUGUUUUGUCUCCAGAGGCAGCAGGAUGUUCUACGCGGUGCGCAGGGGCAGACGGACCGGUGUCUACCGCACCUGGGCGGAGUGUCAGGAGCAGGUCAAUAAGUUCCCUUCCGCUAGCUUCAAGAAGUUCUCCACCGAGCAGGAUGCCUGGGCCUUCGUGCGCGGUGGCCUUCCGGGACAGCAGCAGCAGCAGCUCGAGCCGGCAGAGGUACGUGAUCCUCCAACUGUAACACAGGAAAAUAUAAGCCAGAGACAGGAACCAGAAGUAAAUGUCGUAUGCUGCAGUACAUGCAAAAGGCCAUAUGAACAGUCAACAAAUGAAGAGCACGUUCCAAAGCGUGUAAGAUAUGAUGAAGUAUACUCAGCACCAAAAGUCAGUGAAGAUAAAUUUUCAUAUAUGGGUGAUUUUGCAGUCGUUUAUACAGAUGGCUGUUGCUCAGGUAAUGGACGUAAUAGGGCACGUGCUGGAAUAGGUGUCUACUGGGGACCAGGCCAUCCUUUAAAUACCAGUGAAAGACUGCCUGGACGACAGACUAAUCAAAGAGCAGAAAUACAUGCAGCCUGCAAAGCAAUAGAGCAAGCAAAGAGUCAAAACAUCAAGAAGCUAAUUAUCUACACUGAUAGCAAGUUCACUAUUAAUGGUAUUACAAGCUGGGUUGACAACUGGAAAACAAAUGGCUGGCGAACAAGUUCAGGGGGCAGUGUAAUAAAUAAAGAAGAUUUUGAAAGACUUGAUAAUCUAUCAAAAGGCAUAGAAAUUCAGUGGAUGCAUAUUCCGGGUCAUGCUGGUUUCCAAGGAAAUGAAGAAGCUGAUAGACUAGCAAGAGAAGGAGCUAGUAAAGAGAAGUCCUGACAAACUGGGACUAGAGACUGUUGCAGUGGGAGGAGGAGGAUUACCAUCAUAGUGAUGACUUGAACUGCUGGAACUGUUUUACAGUUGAACUUUUGAACUGUACUUCUUUCGGGCCUGAAGUGUUAGACAUACACCAACUUCUGGGGAGAAAAAGACUCCACAUUUUCUUCCAUAGCAUCUGUUUUGCAAUCAAGUCAAUGUUCAGUUGAUUCAGAGCAUUUACAUUUUCUCUUAUCAUGCUGAAGGACUACGGUCAAUGUUUUUACAUGUCAUGUAGACUUCUGAAUUCACCAUGAAGACAGGCUUCUGAAGAAGUAUCAUUAAACCUUAUCCUGUAUUUUCCUCUUGGUUAAAUAAAUUAAGUUUAUGUACAGAGGUAUAUAUUAACAGUCCAAAA